UAGGGCGUGUGGCAUGCCGUCACUCCGCCAUAAAACAGGCAUAGGACUGCCGCCGUUACGACCCGUUACUUGCACCAGCCCCGCUGGCAUAACCCGCCGCCCGACGUUGCCCCAGACUCAGCAGCCUUCGAGGGUACAUCAUGCCUCUAACGAUCAGGUCAAGGUGCUCUCAAGAGAGCCUGUAGACCGUGGAUGGAGGGCUUGGUCUGUUCUUGUAGGAUCAACGGCGUUCAUGAUCCCGACGUUCGGCUUAAUGACGACCGUGGGCAUCUUUCAGGUGUAUUGGAAGGAUAACCAGCUGCCUCCGUGGUCUAACACGGACACAUAUCUUGGAUUAUAUCCAUCUUUGGGUUUCUAUUUGUUCUACUUUGCGGCCCCUUUGGCAUCCUGUUCGACACGUUCGGGCCCCGAUGGCUCGUGACCCCCGCAACAAUUGUGUACAGCGCGGCCUUCCUAGGCGUCGCCUUCAGCAGCCAAUACUGGCAACUCAUG